AUGAACCCUGCUUCCUCCCGAGCCGCGGUGCGCUCGAUGGCCACCCUAACACAUGCGGCCAGAGCUGCCAACCCCGCAGCCCGCAGCGCUCUGUCGGUUGCUGCUCGUUCCCCGGUCUUUGCUAGCCGGGCUCUGAGCUCCAAUAGCCGCCAGUUCGGCCAAUUCCCCCGUCUUCAGCUCAUCAACAACAACAAGAGAGCCUUCAGCACCACCGUCAACAUGUCUACUGCUUCCCGCACUGAAAGCGAUGCCUUUGGUGAAAUCCAGCUAACCUUGGUUUUGCGAUAUAGGUCCCUGGAGACAAGUACUGGGGGUGCCCAGACCCAGCGCUCCCUGGGCAACUUCGACAUCAACCAGCCCCAGGACCGCAUGCCUGCCCCCGUCGUCAAGGCUUUCGGUAUCCUCAAGGGUGCCGCCGCUACUGUCAACAUGAAGUACGGCCUUGACCCCAAGAUCGGUGAGGCCAUCAAGCAGGCCGCCGCUGAGGUUGCCGAGGGUAAGCUGCUGGAUCACUUCCCUCUUGUUGUCUGGCAGACCGGCUCCGGCACCCAGUCCAACAUGAACUCCAACGAGGUCAUCUCCAACCGCGCUAUUGAGAUUCUGGGCGGCACCAUGGGCACCAAGAAGCCCGUCCACCCUAACGACCACGUCAACAUGUCCGCCUCCUCCAACGACUCCUUCCCCACCGUUAUGCACAUUGCCGCCGUCCUCGAGCUUGAGAACACCCUGUUGCCCUCGCUCCAGAAGCUGCGCGACGCUCUGCAGGUCAAGGUUGAGAAGUGGGACAAGUUGAUUAAGAUCGGCCGUACUCACUUGCAGGAUGCCACCCCUCUCACUCUGGGCCAGGAGUUCUCCGGCUACGUUGCCCAGCUCGACCGCAACAUUGAGCGUGUGCAGGCUUCCAUCCCCCACCUGCGCUUCCUUGCUCAGGGUGGUACCGCCGUUGGUACUGGUCUGAACACCUUCAAGGGCUUCGACGAGGCCGUCGCUGCCGAGAUCACCAAGAUGACCGGCACCGAGUUCAAGACCGCCCCCAACAAGUUCGAGGUCCUUGCUGCCCACGACUCCAUUGUCGAGGCCUCCGGUUCCCUCAACACUCUUGCUGGCUCUCUCUUCAAGAUCGCCCAGGAUGUCCGCUACCUCGGUUCCGGCCCCCGCUGCGGUCUCGGCGAGCUGAUCCUGCCCGAGAACGAGCCCGGCUCUUCCAUCAUGCCCGGCAAGGUCAACCCCACCCAGUGCGAGUCCCUGACCAUGGUCUGCGCCCAGGUGAUGGGUAACCACGUCGCUGCUACCAUCGGUGGCAUGAACGGCCAGUUCGAGCUGAACGUCUUCAAGCCCGUCAUGAUCCGCAACCUGCUCCACAGCGUGCGUAUCCUGUCCGACGGCAUGGACAGCUUCCGCCUCCACUUGGUUGAGGGCCUCGAGGCCAACGAGACCCGCAUCAACUCUCUCCUGCACGAGAGUCUGAUGCUCGUGACCUGCCUGAACCCCGUCAUUGGCUACGACAUGGCCUCCAAGGUGGCCAAGAACGCCCACAAGAAGGGUAUCACCCUGAAGGAGAGCGCCAUGGAACUCAAGGCUCUCAGCUCCGAGGAGUUUGACCAGCACGUCCGCCCCGAGCUGAUGCUGGCUCCCAAGGAGAAGAAAUAA